AUGGAAGGGUUGACUCGUCAGAUAUCUCAACUCGCAACGACCGUGAAUCAACUCAAAGGCAAUCAAGGUGCUUUACCAUCACAAGUUCAAUUGAAUCCGAGGGAAAACAUUAGUAUGAUUACUUUGAGGAGUGACAAGGAGUUGAGUGAGCCCACAACCCAGAAUUCAAAGGGGUGUUCGAGCAAGGCUUCUGGAGCUGAAUCCGAACUACAAAAAUCUGAAAACUUUGGAGGUCCAACCGAUUCUGCUGCCCAGAAUACAGAUACGUCCGAUUUGACCAAACAGAACGGUAAUCCGAUAGCUAUGCAGAAAGGAAAAGAAGCAGAACACAAAUUGGUUGAGGGUGAGCAGUCUAAGGUUCAUAUACCUUCGAGUAUACAUGAUCCCAAGAUCGAAAUACCUGUUCUCUUUCCUAGGAGCACUCUAAUCCCUCAACUGAGCAAGUUUCUGAAGGACUUCAUUGCUGGUAAGUCUAAGAAAUCUGGAAAAAUUGUGAUGGGCGAGAACGUGUCAGCAGUGAUACAAAAACAGUUACCGCCCAAAUGCAAGGAUCUAGCUGUUUAUAAUAGUUUAAAUGGUGUGAAGUUGAUAGAUACUAGAGUGGUAAUUCAGUUAGCCGAUGGAUCAUGUGCGCACCCUGAAGGCUUGGAGAAUGUCCUUGUGAAAGUGAAUAAUUUUGUUUAUCCUGCUGAUUUUUAUGUGGUAAAGAUGAGUGGUAUGCAAUCGAAAGAGUCAGCUGGUGUUUUGUUAGGUCGUCCUUUCUUACGGACCACUAGGUCAGUCAUUAAUGUUUAUAGUGGUACCAUAUGUUUAGAUUAUCAUGGAGAGAAGUUCACUUUCAACAUUGAUGAUACCAUAAAAAAUCCUUCUGCUAUUAAAACUGCUUGUACCACCAAUGUUACUGACCCUUUGGUCCAAGAACAUCCUGAGACUAAAUCUGUGCAAGACAAGUUGGAAUCGACCUUGACUAAAAGGGCAAUGAAGAAGUCAAAGAAUCUAUCAAGUCUCUUCAUGCCCACCCGAAAUUGGCAGAUUCUAGAAAUACAUUUUGUUUGCCCAAACGUGACAAAUUUCUUCAUGCUGACGCGAAAUUCGCAAGUUCUGGCAAUGCGGUCUGUUUGCCCAGACGGAAGCCAUGCGACAGAACUCUGCAUUUUGAUGUGGAACCACCCGACUUAA